AUGAUGAACGAUUCGUGCUACGAAAAUAUGGCUGAUUCUGUUCCAGCAAUAAACACCACAGAUUCAGAACGAAUACCAGCUUUUCUUACACAAAGAAUUGUUCAACAGAUUUGUUAUGGCAUGAUUUUCGUGCUUAGUAUGGCGGGGAACGCAGUGAUGCUAGCAGUCCUCCUCCACAGAGGAUCUCGCCUCCUCUCGCGCAAAGACAUUUUGCUGCUCAACAUGAUCGUGGCAGAGUCUGCUGUUGCAAUCACCAGCAUUCCACUUGACUUUACCUUGUUAUUUUUAAACGAUGGUUGGUUAUUCGGUCCUUUUAUGUGCCACAUUUUAUGGCCAAUGCAGACAGCACCUUUUGGAGCGCUGGUGCUAACUCUCACCGCGAUGAGUAUACAACGUUACAAAGGAAUCGUGCACCAAAUGCGAAGCAGAAAUGCAGGAAGAAAGUCUUCGUUCGUCACAGUCAUCUUCAUUUGGUUAUUCUCGUUAAUAAUCGUGGUGCCAUACGGCGUUUUUUUGCGUCUCGAGGAAGGACAGUGCAGCGAAACAUGGGGAGCAAUCGGAUCACAAGUGUAUACGCUUGGAUUGUUCGCCUUCCAUUAUGUGAUUCCGUUAACAAUCAUCACCUUCUGCUAUGCACGCAUCGCUAUUCGCAUCCGCCAUGGUCAACGGGAAGGAGCGAGUAUCAUUUCAGGGACGCACAAGGCGCGUUUAAAACGCUCAAGGCGACACGUUCGCGCCAUGCGUAUGGUAAUUCUCUUUGUUGUUGUGUUCGCGGUUUGCAUGUUGCCGCAUCAAGUGGUUUGGCUAUGGAUAACGUUUGGAAAAGAGGUGAAUUAUUCGGACAACUUGUUAACCUUUGCUUACAUGUUUACUUUCACAAGCAGUUUUGCCAAUCCUCUUGUGUACUUCACGCAGAACCCCGCCUUAAAGGCGAAACUAAAAAGCCUCAUCUUGUGUCGUUUGAUGCCUGACAGUCGCCUUAGAACUGGUAACAGUUUCUUCACAACUAGCGACGACGCUUCUGCUGAUUCAAGAGUUUGAGCGAUAUCAGCAGCGUGGUAUAUUAAACUACACCAAAAACCUUUGAGAACACAAAGUGUGUUUAUAGCCUUAAGCUAAGUAUAUUUUUAGAAAGGCAAAUUGCCAUUAAAUUGAUAAAAAUUUGAGUAAAUCUCAUUGCCUCAGGUAAAAAUUGCUUAAAGUGCUAUGAUUUAAAUAAUUCUCAAAUUUAUAGUCUGCUAAAACUUCACGCUAUCAGUUUAAUUUCUUAGGCAAUUAGAGUUUCUAGGACAUUCCUCGAACCGAGCAAAAAGAAUACAGAAUUGCCUGUAAUAUCAGCGCUAUGGAGAGAGAUCAGCGCCAUACAGAGGAAUCGGCUCUGUAGAGAGCAAUGUCUAAUUUAGAUGCUUUUCACGAAAUGACCCUUUUUAGAAAAACUGAUCUAACUCUGCAAGGAAAGUGUGAAAGUUUAAUGAACUCAUUAGGAUUGA